ACUAAUUAUCACUUCAGUGCUAAACGAACGAACAUAAUGAGAACAUCAAGUAUCGCGAUCCUACUCUGCCUACUGGCUGCUGCAGCCAGCCAGAGCCACGACCUGAUCCUCGGCCAGGCAACCUACGGUGACGUCAUCGUUUUCAAAGCCGACGAGGUCAAAUAUGGCUUCCCCUUAUUUGUACGAACGAGCAUCGUAGAGUACCCUGAACAGGGACAGAAGAACUACGCCUACAUCAAAGCUAUAUACGUCAAGGACAAUGAACGAGAUGGCUCUGGAGGCUAUCCCUCUAUCUCAGCUGGUGGCAUCGGCCAACGAUUCGUGAAGAUCAAGCUGAAGAGCCAAAGAGGAUCAGGAUUGAACUUCACAGUCACAAUUUAUGGAAGAUACGUAUAAACACCGGAGGUUCAAGAAAGAGGCUGAAUGUAAAAAAGUGAUAUUAUAAAAAAUAAACGUCAUUCCCAUUCGAGGUGAUCACUUUCAAAUAUUCUUUUUUUAAAGAUUGAGUGUUCGUCUUGACUGACACCA